CGCGGAUUCUUUGGUUACAAAAUAAAGAUUAAAAUCGAGCAGCGUUGCUGUAUUUCAGUACUCCUGAACAAAUCUCUUAUCUUCGAGAGCUGAAGGCAUGCGCGGUGUCUGCAAUGGCUUCCUCCCUGUCGCAGUACACGAUCGGCGGGGUGAAGAUUCUCUUCCCCUGCAAGGCUUAUCCCUCUCAGCUGGCAAUGAUGAACUCGAUUGUCAAAGGACUGAAGUGCCAUCAGCACUGCUUGUUGGAGAGCCCCACUGGCAGUGGAAAGAGCCUGGCUCUGCUGUGUUCAGCCCUGGCUUGGCAGCAAGCUCAUUAUGAGAAGCCGUCAGGAGAGGACUCAGGUGCUCGUGAAUGUAAGCGGGAGGAAGAGGAGAGUUCCUCUCUGUGCCGGUGUUCGUGUCACACAGCGAGACCGCCCGACUCUAACCCUGCGGGAGACGGCCGCGCCGCUGCCUUCCAGGCGGACUGCAAAACAUCGCCUGCUGCAAACGGGACCCCCACGCUAGGAAAGAAAGGUUCCUCCCCAGAGGACUGCAAGCUGAAGACCACGCUGGCUGCCAGGCUGGCUGCGAGGAUGCAGGCUUCUUUCCAUGAGGACGACGACGACUUUCAGCAAGACAGAAAACGGAUCCGCACCCCAGCAAGUGACCACAAGGUGAGGAAGAGGCGCUGCCUGGAUAAGGGGGUGCAGUUCAUUGAUGAUGAUGAGGAGGAGGAGGAGGAGCUCCGGGGUCCUGCUCCGCAGCCUUGGACAGUGGAGCUGAGCACACAGGCAGAGCCAGCCAGUCUCCUGCCAGCAGCACACACAGCAUCCCCUGGCCCGUGCUCUGUGUGCCCCUGCGCCUCCACCAAGCUGAAGCAGACGGACUCCCACUGCUGUGCCAAAGACAAGGAGAAGGUCCCGAAAAUCUUCUUCGGGACCCGCACUCACAAGCAGAUCUCCCAGAUCACACGGGAGCUGCGCAGAACGGCGUACUCCAGCGUCCGGAUGACCAUCCUCUCCAGCCGGGACCACACCUGCGUCCACCCUGAGGUGUCGGCAGGGGGGAACCGCAACGAGAAGUGCAGGGAGCUGCUGGAGGCCAAGCACGAGAAGUCAUGCCGUCCUUACCACAGCGUCCACAAGAUGCGAGAGCAGAACACCCUGCAGUGGGUCCACGGGCUGCACCAGGCCUGGGACAUCGAGGAGCUGGUGGGUCUGGGCAGGAAGCUGCGCUCCUGUGCCUACUACGCGGCUCGAGAGCUCAUGCAGGAGGCGGACAUCGUCUUCUGUCCCUACAACUACCUGCUGGACCCGCAGAUCCGGGAGAGUAUGGACAUCAGUUUGAAAGGUCAGAUUGUGGUGCUGGAUGAAGCUCACAACAUCGAGGACUGUGCCCGGGAGGCUGCCAGUUACACUGUGACCCAGGCCCAGCUGCUGUUCACCCGAGAGGAGCUGGACAGCAUGGUGACCCACAACGUGCGCUGCAGCGAUCACGGACCGCUGAGAGCCCUCUGCUGCAGCCUCACCAACUGGGUUGAAGAGAGCUCUGCUGCUCUGGUGGACAGGGAGUAUGAAUCCUCCUGCAAGGUCUGGGAUGGCAAAGAGAUCCUCAAGGUUUUCCAUGGCUUGGGGAUAACAGAGGCCACCUUUCCUAUCUUGCAGAAACACCUGGCGGCUGUGCUGGAGAAGGAAGAGAAGCUCAGCCUGGUGAAUGGGAAGGAGGAAGCUGUGCCGGUCCCCACUAUCAGCUCGCAGUCUCAGAUGGUGCUCAGAGGUCUCUUUGUGGUUCUCGAGUUCCUCUUCCGAUACAACUGCAGGUUUGCAGAGGAUUACAGAGUGGCGCUCCAGCAGACUUACGCCUGGUCUAACCAGCCAGACCUUCCUGAUGCAAACGGCUUCUUCGCCCGCCCCAGGAGAAUACAAAGUGCGCGCAAGAAGACUCUGGUCUACACGCUGAACUUCUGGUGUUUGAACCCUGCAGUGGCCUUUUCUGACCUGAAUGGCACUGUCCGCACGAUCGUGCUGACGUCCGGCACUCUCUCCCCGAUGGGAUCCUUCUCAUCUGAACUCGGGGUGAAGUUCUCAAUCCAGCUGGAAGCCAGUCACGUCAUUAACAAGUCGCAGGUGUGGGUUGGCACGAUCGGGGCAGGGCCGAGGGGGCGGAAGCUGUGCGCUACGUUCCAGCACACGGAGACCUUCGACUUCCAGGAUGAAGUGGGUGGAUUGCUGCUGAGCGUCUGCCAGGCUGUUCCCCACGGAGUCCUGUGCUUCUUGCCUUCAUACAAGAUGUUGGACAAAUUGCGAGACCGCUGGGUGCACACGGGUUUAUGGGAAAAGCUGGACAAGAUAAAGACGGUAGUUACUGAGCCCAAAGGAGGGGACAAGAAUGACUUCGACGAGCUGCUACAGACCUACUACAAUGCAAUCAAACAGAAAGGAGAAAAAGAGGGAGCCCUGCUGAUUGCAGUGUGCAGGGGUAAAGUAAGUGAGGGUCUGGAUUUCACGGAUGAUAAUGCCCGCGCCGUGGUGACCAUAGGAAUACCCUUCCCCAACAUCAAAAACCUUCAGGUGGAACUGAAGAGGAAGUACAAUGACCAGCAUUGCAGGACACGCGGGCUCCUGCCAGGCAGCCAGUGGUACGAGAUCCAGGCUUUCCGAGCUCUCAAUCAGGCGCUGGGGAGGUGUAUCCGACACAAGAACGACUGGGGAGCCCUGAUUUUGGUUGACGACCGUUUCAGAUGCAACCCUAACAAGUACAUAACAGGGCUCUCCAAAUGGGUUCGUCAGCAAGUCCAGCACCACUCGAACUUCAGCAGUGCUCUGCAGUCUCUAAUGUCCUUCUCCAGGGGCCACAGCGAGGCCCCUGCGUGCUCUGCGCAGGCUGGAAGUCCGGGGAUGCAGAGGCAGCUCUCUCUAAACAAUCUGUCCCUGGUGGACACCUCCGAGGCAUGCGAGACAACUGGCCAGCGAUCCCCUGAGGUCAGCACACAGGCUGCACCGCUCCACACUGACCCCUACGAGAGAGAAGCAAAGCCGAGGGAUAUCGACGGCAAGACUGCAGCCCCUGCAAGAAAGCACUUCAAACCUUAUCAAACAGGUAGCCAGGUGUGUAAACAGCAGCAGCAGGUUCAGUCUCCACCCGCCUCGGUCCCGUCCAGCAGCUGCAGCUCCAGGAGAAGAGUUUCAGCAGGCUGGUCAGCGCAGGGGAAAGCCGGGCUGAGCAGCAGCAGCAGCAGCAGAAUCACUCAAGGGACCAUCCAGCGCUUCUUCAAUCUGCCACUCGCCUCCACUCCCCUGCCGACCUCGCUGAAGAAGCCCCUUUUCCAUUCCAGCGCUUCAGACAAAGACACCUGGGGAGGCUGUCAACGCGGGUCUGCUACAGAAGACAAAGCAACGUCACUGACCAGUAAAGAAAGGACAGGGUUUCCUGAUGAGGAGGGAAGCCAGGUGAAGUGUGCAGAUGAGGGUCAGGCUGUAGAAAUCUGCGGUGUCCUGGAGCUCUCUCCAGUCAAAGUGCCGGGUGGCUGUACCGCCCUGGCAGUGCCGGAGGAGCGAGAGGAGGAGGAUCAGAGCAUCUUCUUCACCCCUGAAUUGUUUCAGGGAGAAGGUGAUGAAGAGACUGAGGAGGACAGCUCUAAAACCGUAGAGAACACGCACUCGAGCGGAGAGUCUCUGCACCUUCCAAACUCAAACGGAGCGGCCCGGGGUUUAUCCGAAGACCUUUUCCUGUCUAAUAAGGACCCUGCGUUGCUGAGCGCGCUCAGUGAGGAGAGGCAGUGUGGCGCUGGCAGUAGGAGUGCAGUCGGCACAGACUUUAAAGCUGUAGGGCGAGAAGACUGUAAUAGGAGAAGCUGCCAGGGGAAUGUGGAUCUAGAAGAGUGUAGUGUGACAGACAGGUAGACAAAGAACAGGACUCGUAGGCUAGCCAGGGUUAGAAAUAAAGGAGCAUCAUUAGCAGGUAAUAGUGAAACCAUCUCCUUACUCUCCCAGCACACAGCUGAUGAGGCAGAAGCGGUAGAACUAUUCUAAUUGUAAUGAGUGGCUUGUCUGUGUUCUAGAAUACAAGUCCAGAGAGAUAGAUAGAG